AUGGUCAAAAGUAGUGAGGCCGCCGCCGAGCCAAAGAAGAAUGAUGAGCUCGAUGCAAUGGCGCGAAAAUCGGACGAAUUGGCGAGAAGAGCAAAAGAAGGCCGUGUCGACUAUCGGCUAACAGAAAGCGAAAUCGUCAAGACCAAGCCGGAUCCUUUGCCUCAAUCCCUUAAGGAUCAGCUGCGUGAUCUGCAAGCUUCACGCACUUCUAUCCACACCGAAGCGACAAGCAAAGAGGCUGGCUAUGUGACGGACUCGUCGAUGUGGCUCUUCUCUGGACAGAGCUUCUCGCCAAGGUCGGUGGUGUCGGUGAAUGGGGCAAGCAAAGAGGAGGAGAUGCUUCGCGUGCGCUCAUCCACUGAUCAUCUCCGCCAGGUGCCCGACGUUGCAGCGGUUCGACGCGACUACAAUGAGGCGUACGCGAGACGAAUCGAACGGUAUAACUCGUUACCGCAACUCACACAGCCAUCAGCGGUGAUUCAAGUCAAGGAUGAUAAGCCUCGUAGCAUCAUGAAGAGACGCGAGCUCGAGAAUCGUGAACAAAUGCUUUAUCCGGCGGAGAACUAUCGCCGAGAAGUUGUUCGCGAGGUUGUGCGUCGGCCAGUAAAGACUGAGACGGUGCAACGCUUCGAGCAGACUCGUCGCACCGAAGAAGUGGAGCGUCGUGUGCAACGCAAAGAGCGAAAAGACCGUCGCAGCCGUCACCAUUCGAGCAGCCGACGUGAAGAAUGGAGAGAUGGAGGACAUGGCGGUUCUGACGAUGAGUUGCGUAUUCGACGUGAACGAGAAAUGCGAGAGUUGCGAGAGCAUGAUGAAUGGGAGAAAAUGGAGCAUGAAAGAAGAUUGAGAGAGGAGAGGGAAUUGCUUCGAAAGCAAACACGAAAACAGAGCAACGCAUCGGCUCAAGUGGAGUUGGGCUCCACCAAGCAACCCGUUGUCAUCUAUCAACGUCGUGCGCUUACACAAGAAGAAUUGCAACGCUAUCUACAAGAAGCUUACUCGCUCAUCCAACGCGCCAACUAUGCAUCUAGUCAAUGGCGUAGUUCUUCUUUGUCUCGUCAUGGAGGAUAUUUACCAUCAAAUGAAAGUUAUUUUCGACAAACGACCACCAAACGUGACAACUCCAACAGCCGAGGUGGUGGCUGGGAGGAUGAUCGUUUCGGGAGUGGGAUCGCGCAUGCCCGUUAUGGAUCGUUGAGCGAUUCGCUUCGUCGUGGAGAACUCAAGUACGUUCCAAAUGGAGAAGUGCGUGAGUCACACUGGCGUGAUGGUGGCGGUCGAAGUGGACACUCGGUUCACAAGAGCUAUUCCACUCGCGACGUUUUUGAUGAUCGAGCUUUUGAUCAUCAUUCAAUGGCGAGUCAUGGAGGACGUCGAAGCAGUCAAGGCACUCAACCACUCGUCGAGUUCCCACCAACGCUCCCAAGACGCGGGCGUGAUGACGAUUUCCGGCCAAUGCACAAGGCUCGCUCUUUCGCUGAUUGGGAUGAUCAGGGUCGAGCCGGAUGGCGUCACGAAGAGUCGGCUCUUCAACAUCGCCGACGCGAUGACGACAUGUCGAGAUUGGAGGACGAGUUCCGUGAUUCGCUUCUAAUGCCGAUGCCAAAUGGGAACAUGCAUGAGAGAGAUCACCGCACUGAACAGAUUCCUGGCGGUUACGAGACCCAUCACAAAGAGAAUCGCUCAAACGCGGGACGCCGAGUGAACAGAGAUGGUGUUCCUGUUGAUUUCAACGAAGCAACCCAAGAGUACAGCUAUAAACGAGAGCAAGAGACCGAUCGUCGGCGU